AUGGACGCGCCACCCAUCACACCUGGGGAACUGCUCUGCCUAGGCUCCAGCCUCGCCUUCUCCGGCCUCUUCUACUACCUGUACAGGAAGAAAGCCAGAGUCGUGGCACGCAUACAGGAGGCCCCAAAGCUCCAGGUCGAUGAUGAUUUACCAGCACUGGUGUCUGCAGCUGAUGGGAGUUGCUUGCCUUAUGUUGCCCUGGAAGGCAUAGUGCUGCCAGCCAAGGCUGUGCUGACCAGCCAUUACCAUGAAGGGCUGCAGGGCGUGAUCCAGAAACUGCUUCUGAAAGAGCAUCGACUGAUCUGGAACAGCUUGGCCCGGAGCUGGAGCGAGAGCGAGCGGGUGCUCUCAGAGCAGGUCUACACCGUCCCCUUCUUGCUGGCCUCGCCAGACACUGAGGCUGUGACGCAGGUGAGCGUGGAGAGCCCACUCCGAGCCGUCGUGCCGCUGGGGCCGGUGUAGGAGCGGUUCCAGCAGCCGGCCCAUGGCUUCCGUGACCUCCUGGGCCAGUACUUGAGUGGGGAGAAGCCCAAGGGCAUCCUGGAGACAGAGGAGAUGCUACGCGUGGGGGCUGGGCUCACAGGCAUUGGGGAGCUGGCCCUGCACCUCGAUGGCUCCCUGCACCUCCAGCCGCCGGCCCAGGGAGGCGAGUAUUUUCUGUGCCUGGGGGACUGGCAGACGGUGCUGGCGGAGCUGGAGUCAGCCAGCGGGCUCUGGAAGGGAGUGGCUGUGCUGUGCGCCGCAGUGGGCCUGGCCGUCCUCCUGCACGCCCUGUGCCGUGCCUAUCGCCGUGCCCGCCUCAAGCAGCCGCCCGAGGACAAGGAGACCGAGGAGGCCGGGGAUGGGGGGCCCGAGGACUCCUGCGUGAUCUGCCUGACGCGGCCUCGCGAGUGUGUUCUCUUGGGCUGCGGCCACAUCUGCUGCUGCUUCCGCUGCUUCCAGGCCUUGCCUGCCCACCUCUGUCCUAUCUGCCGGGGGCCCAUUGACCGCGUGGUGCCCCUCUACCAGGCCUGA